CGCGGACUACCAGGCCUUGGGUGCUUCUCGGUGCCCCUUCCUCCUUGCUUCACUUCCCACAGUCCCCUGUGCGUGUCCCUCACUUUUGGCGCACGGGUUUGGGGCUGCGCGCGGUUUUCCAUGGUUCGGUGCUACCCGCUACUCGACGCAAUACCCCACGGCCAUCCAGACUGCGCACGGCGUGGACUCGGCCCAGUGCAAAGUUUCCCUGACCCAGGGCCAGUGGACGCGUAGGUGACAGCAGCCUCGGAGGUCGCCGAAGUCCGGGAUACCAUGGAGGAGCCCCCUGUGCGGGAGGAGGAGGAUGGCGAGGAAGACGAGGGCGUCCUGGCCAAGAGCCCCCUGCAGCUGACCACCGACGACGUGUACGACAUCUCCUAUGUGGUGGGGCGCGAGCUGAUGGCCCUGGGCAGCGACCGCCGCGUCACCCGGCUGCAGUUCAAGAUCGUACGUGUGAUGGAGAUGCUGGAGGCCCUAGUGAACGAGGGCAGCCUGGCGGUCGAGGAGCUGAGGAUGGAGAGAGACAACCUCAAGCAGGAGGUGGAGCGGCUGCGGAGAGCCAAUGUGUCUGGAGCCCAGGUGAACUUGGGACCAGACAAAAUGGUAGUGGAUCUGACAGACCCCAACCGGCCCCGCUUCACUCUGCAAGAACUGAGGGACGUGCUUCAGGAGCGUAACAAGCUCAAGUCGCAGCUGCUGCUGGUGCAGGAGGAACUGCAGUGCUAUAGGAGUGGUCUACUUCCACCAAGAGAAACUGCAGGAGGAAGAAGAGAGAAGGAUGCUGUGGUUACCAUAGGCAACGGUGAGAAGGAGGAGAGGACCAUUAUGAAGAAGCUGUUCUCUUUCCGGUCAGGGAAACAUACCUAGAUUGAAGGCUAUCACCAAGAUGGUGACCCUCUAGACUUUCGAAGACAAUUGCCAAUAUGCCUUCUGGAACCAUCUUUCUGUGCCAUGAAUGUGCUUUGGCCCACUCACGCACUUUGCCCUCAGAGCAGUCAAAGGAAGAUGCUCUCUCCGGGCUCACCUCUUCCCUGGGGACAGAACUGGACAGCCAGUAAGCUUUGGCCAUGGCAAGAGAGGCAAUAUCAAAAGUCGAGAAAGCAAAGGUACGCAGAGCGUGGCCGAAUCCCGCCUCCACACAUGGACACAUGCAGGCCUCUGGCCUGCAGCCCAUUCCUGCCUCUGUGGUGAUCUGGUCAUUAGCAUGCGGCAGGGAGAGAUGGAGAAGUAGGGAAAUAUUGAAUCGCCUUGACUGAUAUUUGGUGAAUACUUGAUUUUUUUCUCAUUCAACUUUCUUUAUACGACGUUUGUAUUAAAGAGAAAAGACCUUUAUAGUUUCUA